UUCUGACGUAACAGGACUGAAGUUACAAGGCUGGUUUUCUGUGGUUAAUGUUAUUUAAGUUCAUUCCGCUGAAAUAACUGUCUUUUGCACGUGGCUGUACGCCCGCUGCUGUUGUUUUAGACAUUAUGGAAGAACUACAGAAGAUUAAAAUGCAAUUUAAUCCGCCUGAGAACCGUCACAGACCCGCAUCAAGAAAAUCCCAGGACAUCUCUCAUGUAUUAGCAAACACUUUCAAGGACAUUUACACAAGAGACAUCAUCGGGAAAGACACUGUGUCCAACCUAAUCAAGACAAGAACUGGACAAGACAGUUAUCACGACAGAUAUGUCCAAGAGCUUCAGCAGGCUUAUUCAGAAUACAGCCAGCAAAUGAAAGAGGCAGACAUGCUGGAGAAUCAUAUAAUUAAAGCCAGAGCCCAGGCUGCUGCAAGAGAACGAGAAGAAUAUGAACGAAUAAAAGAGUACACGGGAGGUAUUCAUGAUCUCGGCGGCCUUUAUACAAUCCGAUCGGCCUUACCUCAGUUUUUAGACAAUGAUCUUCUGAAAAGAAACAACUUGAUUGGCCCAGAUGAUUACCUAAAGGAACAAAAGCCAGUUAUGAAGCCACCACCAGUAGAAGCCAAACCGGAUCCUACCAAACCCACAAUCUCCUACAAAAUGCAUCUGUCCAGAGAGCCCCAAGAUAAUGAUUAUACACGGAUUCCAAAAGUCACAAGAAGUGAAUCUGAUUUAAGCCUGACGACAGACUGCAGCUCAGAAACCCCAAAAAAUGUGAAAACCCCCCACGAGAAACCCUGCAAGACCAAGCCUAGACCUAAGUGGAAAGAUGAGCCAAGUGCACAGGAUUGGGCAGAGGGAAGAGACAAACUUUGUAAGAUAAAAGAUCGAAACAGCUUCUUACGCAAUCCCAGAUUUCUGCCCUUGAAUGCACCACAGGGGGGUACCUCCCUCAUCCUACCCAGGAACAAAGUGAAAAAGGCAAAGCACGAGAUGAAAGGAAUAGAGGAGCAAAGCUCCACAAAUGAUACUGUGCCAGUUUUCGUAGCAAAUCCAUCAGUGUUGGCUUUCACUGGUUACAAUGUAGGAAAUGUGUAUGAGGCUACCCUGGAACUGAUAAACCUCACUUCCUUGAGCCAACAUGCUCGAGUUAUCCCUCCAGCCACUUCUUACUUCUCCAUUGGCCUUGGAAAGUUCCCUGGUGAAGGUGGCAUCAUUGCCCCGGGGAUGAGCUGUAAGUACACAGUGCGCUUCACCCCAGACACGCUGGCAAACUAUGACGACGUAAUAAUGGUGGAGACCAGGGAUCAACAUGUCAUUAUUGUUGCCAUUGAGGCCCGACGGCCUCCUCCGAUACUCACCUUACCCAAGGUCCUGGACUGUGGACAUUGUCUGAUAGGAGGAGUGAAAUUUGUGGACUUCCUGUGUAAAAAUGUUGGCCAGAGUGCUGGCACCUUCUGCAUAAUUCCAAAGAAUAAAUGGCCUGCCUCAAACCUCAAGUGUUUCAUGAAAACUUACUUUUGUGAACUGCCUCCAUUUGCGAUCAGCCCGUCUCUGUUUGCGCUUCAACCAGGAGAGACCACUGUCGUAGAGGUGGUCUUCUUUCCUACAACUGCUGAGAGGAGGCAUCAGGUUUUCACUAUUGUAUGUGAUAACUGCCAGGUGAAAGACAUUUCCAUUGAAGGUGAAGGCCAGCUGAUUGCUCUUGAGCUUGUGUCUGUAUCUGGGGAGAAGGAGCCUCCUGUGGUGGGGGAGGCACGUGACCUCACUGCAGAACACCUCGUCCGUUUCGGUCCAUGUAACCCGCAGUCUGUGCAACAGAAGAAGCUUGUCAUUAGAAAUAACACUCAUUUGGAGUUGCCUUUCCGCUGGCAGAUUAUGAAGCCCAACCUGUACACCCUGCUUCCUGGAGAAAUUCCAGACCCCUCUCAUAUCCAGUUCCACCUCAGCACAGAUAACGCUUUCCAUGUUAGCCCAACAACAGGCCUUCUGGAUCCCUGCCAGGACAACAAGUUCCUGUUCAGCUUCUGUCCUAAACAGUUGAAGCACUAUCACAGUGUCUGCCACUUAGUCGUGAGGGAUGUCCCGCAGUUGGCACCAGAGCCCAGUGACAAAAGUGUUCAACCUCUGCAUACCCGCUCCCAGCUGAGUGAUGUCAUUGUCAUGGAGAUAGAGGUCAAGGGGUCAACAGAACCUUACCAAGUGCUGUUGGACCCCUAUGCCAUUGUAAUUCCUGGAGAGUGCUUCUUGAAUACGACCGUCUGCAAGAAAUUCAGAAUGUGGAACCACAGCAAAUCCACUAUCUUCUUUCAAUGGGAGAAGAUAACAAACACCAGCUACAGCAUGGAAGUAGUGCCCUCUAAUGGUGAAGUAGUGCAGAAUAAGUGUUUGGAGUUUGACUUGGUUGUGACUGCAGAGAAAGCACAGGCUGUUGUGACCAGUCUGGUUUGCCACAUAGAACAUCACCAUGAGCCUGUCACUUUGUCUGUGGAAGUCUGUUUCACAGGCCUUAAAGUGAUGCUGAGUGUUCCCAAUAUUGACUUUGGACUGUUGAGUCUUGGAGAGCACACCAACACAACACUGCUACUUACUAAUCCCAGCCACCAGGAGGCCACUUGGACAUUGGAGGAGCGCCACGAUAGCCAGCGAGAUCACCAACUCACGCAGGUGACAGCGGAGCCCUGCAAAGGCGUGUUGCCUUCUAUGUCUUCUUGCAGUGUAGAUGUGCACUUCCAGCCACGCUUCUGCCAGCAGUUUGAAACUGUGUUGGACUUGAAAGUGCAGAACGGCAGUGGAUGUCAGCUGUUGUUGCGAGCACAUGUCGAGACUCCUCGCGUUCGACUGCUGAGCUGCGAACUGCAUCUGUCUGAUGUCUACAUUGGUGUUCCUGUCAAGAGCCAAGUUACACUGAUCAGCGAGACCAUGCUACCUUCCUGUUUCACCUGGAAGGACCAGCUCCAGGGUAAACAUGCUGCUCUGUGUACAGCCCGUUUUGAACCCUCAUCUGGCACUCUGGCUCCUUGUGCUAACAUGGACAUCGCCAUUCAUUUUACUUCUCAUGCAGAUCUGGAGCUGACUGAGGUUUUGGCUGUCUGUGAGAUCCAGAUGAUGAGCUCUCCACUUGUUCUUCACUUCUUGGUUUCAAAACCCAAGAAAAUGAGCGUGUCUUAUUCACUAUCUAGCAACCGCUGUACUCCAGUUGAUCAGGCAUCUUCAGCACUGCUACUUCACUUUGGAGAUGUCAUUUUGAAGAAAGCAGUUACUAAGCAGCUGAUCAUAACCAAUGAAACGGCUGUCCCUACACCAUUCAGUGUAGCGGCAGAGUAUUUUACCUGCCAUGAGUGUUCCACAGCAACUACAAAAACCCAGUCCCAGACACGAUUCACAUAUAUCAGAAGGGCGCUUCACUCUGCACAAGCUAGGAAGGUGGAAGAAAAAGCACAUGAGGAUUUUGUGAGCAGGCUGCUGGCUCAUGGAAAAGGUGCAGCAUUCCUCAUCCUGCCAGAGUGUGGGAUACUGGGACCAUUUCACACCCAGACUGUGGACGUCACUGCCUACACGGAGAUGUGGGGGGAAUACAGAGAUUAUCUCGUGUGCAAAGUUGGCGACCUUGAACCCAGGCUCAUUCCCAUGCAGAUGACCGUGACAGGCUGUCCGCUUUACUUCCAGAUGACAGGACCAUGUCCAAAGGAACAACACCGGGGACCAACCAUACAGUUUGGUACUCAUGUAUCCGGAGGUGACACAGUGUCUCGUUCUCUUUGCAUCAACAAUCCCACCACUUUUGAUAUCCGUGUGGACUGGGAGAUUUCUAACAUCAACGAGAACGAUCGCAAGCUCGUGGAUGUUGCCGUGGCCUGUGAAGAUGCCUUCCCAGUUAAGGAUGUUGACGGCAGCGGAGGUUUCAGCCAAACCUUAAGGAAUACUGAUGGGAGCAGUCACACAUCCAGAGACAGUAGUGAGCCCUUUAGCCCUGAGGGAGCAAAUGCUUCACUGCAGAGCACCACUGAUGGGGAGCAGGAAUGUAUAGCUCAGGAUGACGGUGUAGAAGAGGAAAACAGUCUUUAUCCUCGCUAUGCAAAGAAAAAUCUCUCCUCUGUCCACAUUAGACCACAUUUGGGUAACUUCUCAGAUUACCCAUAUUGUGUCACACCAGAGCAAAUAGUAAUUCCAGCAAAGAGCAGCAGGACCAUCCAUGCAUCGUUCACUCCUUUAACUAUUUCUGGGUCAUCUCAUGAGAGCAGAUGUGUGGGAUUGGCUCUGGGUUUCAUGAGUCUAGAUUCCAAGACGGCUCGCUGUGUGCCAGGUAAAGUUGGAAGAGCUCAGGGUUUGGAUUUGAAGCCUAUCACGGUGAAACUGCUAGCCAUCGUUAAACCUGCAGCGCUACUCGUGGAGAUGGACGAGCACGACGGGGUGUUGCGGUUUGGCGCCUCAUCCGGUGAUUUACUGAAUGAGGAGCUGGUCGUACAGGAAUUUGACACCACACAGAGCUUUAAGCUGAGAAAUACAACUGAGAUGGCCCUGCACUUCAGGCUGGGGACGCAGCUGCCAUUUUCAGUAGUCCAGCCUCAGCCUCGAGUUGUGUCCAGCACCUCCAGUAACCCCUCCACUGCUGAAACUCAGUACCUGGUGCUGCAACCACAGCACAAGAUGCAGGUGACAGUGGCUUUUCACUGUUCUCUGUCUCUACUGGACCAUAUGGACCAAACAGAGGAGAAGCAUCCCCCUGGUGUGAAGCUGAUUCAUAGUGCUUGUGGGCAGAGGAAGCUGAGUUUCCAGGAAAGUCUCCUGAUUCACUUCAACAACAAUAGCCUGCAGACGGUACCUCUGCAGGCCCAUGUGGAUCUUGCUUCAUUGUGUCUGUCCAGUGACACAGUUGACUUUGGCACCUGCUUCCUGGGACAGUCGCAGAUCAAAGAAGUAAACCUGUUCAGCAGUGGAGCUCACAUUUCCUGGAAAGCAGUUACAGAGGGAGACUCACAUGUGUUCAAAGUGACACCAGAUUCUGGACUACUCAGAUCUAAGGAGCUCCGUGUGUCCACCUGCACCCAGCAUCUGCAGAUCAGCUUCACAGCCAGUGAGGACAGAGAGUUCAGGGCUGAGGUGACCAUCCAGUCACCUCUGGUGAAGACUGCUGUCACUUUGCAGCUCCGAGGAACAGGAUCCUUCGACGAACGCCACAUAACAAAUAGCAUGUUCGGAUAGUGUCAGUCCGAAAGUGUUAUCGUCUGUUGCUGUCUGUUAGCUUGAAGACCAGAUGUAAACACAUGGGUGUGUAAUUGUAUGUCAGAACACAAUAUUUGGAGAAAAUGUGACAACGUACAUGAUGGAAGUUGAAAAUAGUCCUGCAUGAGCUACAGGUUUGACCCCCGAGUCAGAAGACAAGAGUUGCAUUCCAUCUCUGUCUGCCACAUUUCCUGUUUGCUUAUUCAAGGUCUGUUAAUAGAGUGCAGGAAAAUAUUUAAAGAAAAAUUAAUCAGAACAUGAAUACAAGUAAUAAAUUUU